AUGAACACAAGACCUCAACUCGAGCUGGCAUCAGUUAUCAAGCGAGGAGUGGAAGCUACACAGGACGUACGAAUAAACCAAUGGACCCUAGGAUUAAUAGACAGCCGCAUAAACCUAUUGGAAUCUUACUGGAGUGAUUUCAAGAGCAACCAUGUGGCACUCAUUUACGAGGCGGGAGAAACAAUCAACACCGAUCCAUACUUCACAGAAGGCAAGUACUACGAGACGGAGACGGAUUACAUCAUGGCAAGGGGACUACUGCUCGAUCUCCAAACCCGACUACGACCCGCAGCGAGCCAGGUCAAUCAGAGUCAACCGACUCAACCUCCUAGCUCAUCCCAAUCAAGACUACAAAGGAUUACGAUAGCCCCAUUCAAUGGAGACCGACAGCAAUGGGAAUCUUUCAAAGAUCUAUUCAGAUCCAUGAUCCACGAAGAUCCGACCUUGAAAGAUGUGGAAAGACUUUACUAUUUAAAAUCUCUUGUCACUGGAGAAGCUUCGACGGCCAUCCAAACAAUACCAAUUACUGGAGAAAAUUACGCGACUGCCUGGGCUACGUUGGAAGCACGAUACGAUAACAAGUAUCUACUAGUCCAGAGUCACCUAAUCAGCUUGAGGAGACUACGCCACAUCAAGGAGGAAUCCCUGGCAGAAAUUCAAAAACUGAUAGAUGAACUCAAACGACAUCGGGAUCAACUCCGAGCACUUGGACGUCCAGUGGAUUACUGGGAUGAUUGGUUCGUGUCCAUCGCUACCGACAUCAUGGAUUCAACCACAAGAAGAGACUGGGAAGAAGAACUACAAAGGCUAACUCCAGUCGGCGGACUGUCGAACGAAUUCUACCCCUCCUUCGACCAACUUUUAACCUUUUUGCAGAGGCGAAGUCAGACUCUUAGGUCACUCGAGAUAAGUCGCAACCGAUCAACAACCAAUUCUUCCAAAUCGACACACAGCUCAUCAACUAGACAGGCAACCACUGCCGUCACGAUGACUUCAAAGUGUGCUUAA